AUGAUCAGCAAGUCUUUCGGAAGCGUGGCGCGGAUGGGUCGCCCUCAACUCAUACCUAUACUGGCCAUAGGCCUUCUACUUGCAUUAUGGACGAUUCGCCUGCAGAUGCCUGCCAUGUCCAUCGACUACUCGUGGUUCCGCGUCGGUGAUGAUGGCAGAGUCACCAGCACUAGCACCGAAGUCAAAGGCCUCGGAAGGCCAGAUGUCAGCGACAUCGACUUCUCCGAUCCUGACGCACCCUUCGUCGGGUGGCCUCUCAAGCGUACUUGCAACGAAGUCACAGAAUGGGUGGAAGGCGUCGUGUGGUUGUGCGAUAAUAACUGGGGCGGCGUUGGCAAUGUGCGAAACUUCAUCCUCACAUGCUUGCGAUAUGCCAUAGAAGCAGGUGUCACCGGCAUUACGUUGCCCGCGAUACAAAAGAGAAACGACGACAACAUCAUCGAUAUCAACUCGGGCAAGGACUUCCGGCAUUUCAGUUAUUUUUUUGACGAGGAGAACUUUCGACAGGCGCUUGGGGAGAAUUGCCCACGAAUUACAAUCUACGACUCUUGGGCAGAGAUUCCCAACAUCACUACACCACAGGGCUCAUUUGAGCCUGAAAUAGAGAAGAUCAGCCCACACCAGUUCUUCGAUCGAGGUAACUGUGACGGUGGUGAGCUGGAUCACCACACUGAUCGAUUCGGAGAUGUGUUCAGGGAAUGGCUACAAUCCGAAGAAGACGGCACGCCGCCAUCGGCCGCGAAUCCUCGACUGUUCCGCAUGACUGAUUACCCAGGCGUCCUAUGGGAAUGGCCGCGGUGGCACGAUGGCCCUGAGUUCUCGAACACGUUCGGAGGGCUGCUGAAGUUCAACGAGCAAGUCAUGCGCCUCGGCAAGAAGGCCCUUGAGAACAUGCACACCUUCGCGCAAAAGCAUGCGCGGACCCGUGAUCCACUGAGUAUAGAAACACGAUCAAGUGCUGCUAACCCCUCUGCCUUUAUGGGGAUGCAUCUACGCACAGAGGCCGACGCCGUAAAGUUCUGGCCAACCUACGAGGAGCAAGAGACUGCCUACCUCGCAAAAGCAAAGGAGCUGGAGCUUCCGGUGGCGUACGUGGCAACGGGCAAUCUCAGCGAGGCACACAAACUCUCCGCCGCCGCGGAUAAGGCACUGGGAAUGCUGGUGGUCAGUAAAGCGGACCUACUGACGGGGGAUGAUGCUGAGGAGCUGGCGUCACUCAGCUGGGAUCAGCAGGGACUAGUUGAUUAUAUCGUCCUGGUCGGAAGCGAAUACUUUGUCGGCAACAGCAGGAGCAGCUUCUCAAUAUUAACGACACAGAAGAGAAACCUGAAGGAGGAAGGGAUCUACUCAAGACCAUACAAGGUCCGGCCGGGAGGGUACGGUCGCAGCAUGAUCGUGGGCCCGAAGGAGCAUUACUAUAAACACUGGUUGUUCAUCUGGGACUCAAUGUGGCCUUGA